AAUCAUAGCAGACGAUAGUAAAUAAGAGGUUCAUGUGUAAAUAUGAAUGAUAUGGAAGAAAAAUUUAUUGGAAGUUUAGUAGGAGCCGUAGUUGGCGAUUGUUUGGGUUCUGAAUAUGAAUUUGUUACGCCUAUUCCAUCUAGGGAAAAAAUGUUAAAAACAUAUAAUUCACCAUGUAUAUUCAAAUAUACAGAUGAUACCGCGAUGUCAAGAUCGGUGGCUUUUUCCCUAAUAGAGAAGAAAAAAUUGGACUGUAUAGAUUUAGCCAAAAAAUUCACUGAUGAGUAUAUACGAAAACCUUAUGGUUAUGGAGCAACUAUCGGAGAAGUUUUUCACAAGUUAAAUAAUAUAUUUUCCUCCAAAGAAUACGCGAGUAUCACUGAAGAAGAAAUAUUUUCACCUUCUAAACAACAACAUAGUGGCCAGGGAUCAUUUGGAAAUGGAGCAGCUAUGAGAAUAGCUCCAGCUUCCUUAUUUGGAAUAAAAAGUGAUAAUAAAGAGUUUGAAGAUUUAGUUAGAAAAAUAUCCUUAAUUACUCACGCUCAUCCAUUUGGCAUAAAUGGUGCCAUCCUGGAAGCAACAGCUGUAAAAUGGGCUUUAAAAUACCCAAAUAACGACUCUGACCUGUUAGAUAAAUUAGAAACCUUUGCAAAGAGCCUAGAAGUGGAUAGUGAACAAAAAGUUUAUCAAGAAAAGAUAACAUUAAUCAGGCAGUUAAUGUUGGAAUAUGAGACAAGUGAAGAAGACGUGGCUACCAAAUUAGGAAAUGAUGUAACUGCCUUAAAUUCCGUACCUGCUGCUAUUUAUUCAUUUUUACGGACGACGAAAGAAAGAUUCUCGAAUUUAUCACCAGAAGAAAAAUUUAAGGAGACUAUAUUAUUCUCUAUAUCGCUGGGCGGGGAUACAGAUACUAUAGCUUCAAUGGCAGGAGCUAUUGCUGGUGCAGCGUAUUCAAUAAAUUGUAUACCUAAAAAUUGGAUAAAGAUUUGUGAGGGCGUUGACGAUGCAAGAAAACAGGCCCAUAAACUCUAUGAAUUGCAGCAUUGCAAAUGAAUAAAUGAACAUUCCACCUAAAUCCCUUAUCUGAUAUCUUAUCGACACCACCUCUAAUUCAGCAACUGUUACAGCUACUCAGAUGUAUUAUAAACCUCUGUAUAAAGAGCACUGGCGAUCUUUAUUCCUUAUCUUUAAUUCAUGAAAGUAUAAUCAGAUAGUUGACGCUAAAAUUAAAUCAAAUUAAAUAAUAAGAAGACAAAAAGUCGCUUUUUAAAUAUAUUUUUAUUGGUGAUAACCUGUCAACUGGGUAAAUGGCUUAACCAUUGAAUAAUUUAAACUAUUAAUAUAAUGUACAUACAUAGUAUGUAGUAAAAAACAAAGUUUUCACAUCUGAUUACACCCUACAAUAAAUACAUAAGUGUUUUCUUUCAGCUGCACAUUAAAUUAAAAUUGAGGAAAUAAGACUAAAUUUUAUAAGUGAUAUUGAAUUUUUGAGGUCUGGGACAUUAAAGAACUUAUUUAGGAGAAUAUCAUGUCAUCAUCUUUAAGGUUGUUCACCUCUUGCCAAUCUUUCGUUAAUAUCUUCAACGACGGCUGGUAGCUCUGCUAUUGAAUCAAUGACGUAAUGAACUCCUGUUUCUCUAAGUUUCUGUUUGGAUUUUUCUGUUCUAGCCUCGAUCUCUUCCCUUGUGUAAUUUUCCUCUUCUUCAAAGCUGUUAAUGUCCAUAUAGUUGGAAUACCUUGCGACCCCGACUCCCCAACAUCCAGCUUCCAGAGCCUCUCCCACACCUGAUGUUGUAUCGUCGACUUUAAUAACACUCUGGAUUGGAUGCACAUUCAUUAAAUCCAUAUUCUUGUAAAUCAUAAAGGGUUUGGGUCUUGAACCAUUAAUGACUUCAUCACCAGCUACUGUAGCAUCGAAAUCCAAACCUUGUUUUCUGGCACCUUCAACAAGAAUGUCAACCAUUGGCCUGCUAAAUCCCGUAGUUGAGCCAACUUUUAUACCGUAACCGUCUCUUAAAGUCUUGAUUGAUUUAGCUGCACCAGGUAUUAAAUCAGUAUAUUUUGGUAGACAUUCCAGCUGAGCAGGAAUGUAAUUUUUGUACAUUUCUUCAACAUCACCCUGAUUUGGAUACCUUCCUUUUGCAUUAAACCAUCUUUGCCUUACAGAAGGAUUAUUGCAAAUUGUCGCAAUAUGUAAAUCUUUUCUUAUUCCCAUAGGUUCUCUUGCCUCACUCAUCGAAAUAGGAACGCCAGCCUUUUCAAAAACAUGAGCAAAGACUACGGCUGGUGCAAUUACAUAUUUAUCAGCUGUAGUACCAGACCAAUCCAAAAUGACUGCUUUCACUCUUCCAGUAUAUCUUCUGCUAAAUUGGUAAGCUGUUCUCAACCGAGACAUAGUUUGAAUAAUGUUUCUUCAACAACUUCAGCGCUAGUGACUCCUCACUGUUUCGAAAAGUGUUAUCAUAUGAUGUCCCAAGGACAACAUAUUAGAAGAGAGUCGACUGCUAUGCUUUUAUACUCCCUGUUUCCUACGUUUAUCUCUACAUUAUCAUUAGUGGCGUCUAUAGAGCAAUUGUUCUUAAGUUUUACUAGAUUAAAUUUUUGUUAAAGACAUUUUGUCAGCCGCCUAAUUUGUACUAUCGAUCUAUAAUCAAAGAGUUAGUCGAUAACUUAUAUACUUUCUCCUACUAUUUAUCAUAAAUAUCUACUGAACUGUACUAAAUAGUAUAUUACUUAGAAUAACCAAAUUAAAGUAGAAUAGUUAUUUUUAGCAGGUGAAUAAAAAUAUCACCUGGAAAUAUUGAUUAUAAAUUCUAUAUACGCUUCUAUUUGGAUUACGCAAUACAUUUACGCAGCUAGCGAAAAAAUAAGUUAAAUGAUAAUAUAUAUAUAUAUAUAUAUAUAUAUAUAUAUAAUUCUAGGCAUUUUCCUCCGAAAGGAAACAUAAAAUAAAGUAUCGUAAAAUUCCUAUAGACUUCUCUUGAGUAGAAAAUUGUAAUCAAACUCUAUAAGAAAAAGUUGGUAUCAUUUUUACAAACCAAUACAGUAAAGGCAACCGCUUUGUUCAAUAACAAGUGAUUAACUGAUAAAUAGGCGUAUACUUUUUAAUGUCUGCUACAUUAAAAGUUUUUCAGCACAAGAUAUCUUUGCCUGGUACAAAAAUAAUUUAAAAUAUUUUGCUUGAUAAUAAUCACUUGUUCUUUUUUUUAAAUAAUUUAAAUAAACUCUGGGCAAAAACAGAAUAUAGUUCAUAAAAGUUAAGUUAAUGACAAUUAAAUUGUAAAGUUCAUUAAUAAAGGAGAAUAAUAAAUAUAAACAAAAGUUUCAACAGACCAUUCUCUUAAAAGAAACCCCUUUGGUCAUAUCAAUCAUGACGUUACCGUGUUGUUUUCUUUAAACUACACUAACGUCACCUAUAAACAACUUUGACCUUUGCACAUAAUGUCUAUAUUUAUUAUAGCAGUAUUAUUAAUAAGUACGUUUUAUUUAUGCAAAAAUUACCUAUAUGAGGCAAGCUUUUACAAAAUUCAAAAUGGCUGUGCUAAUUUUAAAAAUCCCCAACUUUGUUUUGAUAUUUGAAAAAAGUAUUUGUUUUUU